GAUUCGUCGUGUUACGUGUACAUCACAGCUGCUAACUAGGGCACGACGAGUAAAGAAGCCCGUGUGUGAUACGAGCUAAAACAAAACCAAAAGAUGACGACUUGGCAAACACCUGGUGCGGGAUUCUAUGCAGGGCAACAAGGUCCGUAUCCGUAUCCUCAAAAUCCAGGAUAUCCGCCACCACAAGAAGGCUAUCCAUAUCCUCACAAUCCAGGAUAUCCACCACCUUAUUCCGGUGGAAAUCCACCAGGUCCAGGAUUUAUACCUCCACCAGGUGUUCCACCAUACGGUGAAGCGCCACCGCCAGUUGGUCCAGAAUUUGGAGGAGUACCUCCACCAGGUCAUCCAGGAAUGUCGUACGGGUCUGGGUAUGGAGAAGAUCCUAUGCAGGAUGAAGUCAAAGGGUUUGAGUUCAGUGAUAAAACGAUCAGAAAUGGCUUCAUUAGGAAAGUGUAUAGCAUCUUGAUGUGUCAGUUGCUUAUCACACUUGGGAUGAUUACUUUGUUGCUUUAUCAUAAACCGACACAGUUAUGGGUUAAGAGUCACACAGAAUUGUUCUGGAUUGCUUUUGCCUUAACUUUUGUCCUGCUCAUAUGUAUGGCUUGCUGUAGCAAUGUGAGACGUAAAGCUCCGAUGAACUUCAUAUUUUUGUUCCUAUUUACAUUUGCGGAGGCUUUCCUAUUGUCCGUGGCUGCAUCAACAUACGAGUCUCAAGAAGUCAUGCUGGCCGUUGGAAUUACAGCGGCGGUGUGUCUAGGAUUGACAAUAUUCGCAUUUCAGACAAAAAUCGAUUUUACCGGAUUACACAGUAUCUUGUUUGUUGCUGUGCUUAUUUUAUUUAUUUUUGGUUUAAUUGCAAUAAUCUGGCACGGAAAAGUUAUGACUUUGGUUUAUGCCUCGCUCGGCGCGUUUAUAUUUUCUAUAUAUCUGAUUUAUGAUACGCAAAUGAUGAUCGGCGGAAAGCAUAAAUAUUCUAUUUCACCAGAGGAGUAUAUCUUUGCCGCGUUGAGUCUGUAUCUGGAUGUCGUCAACAUCUUCCUGUAUAUUUUAACUAUUAUUGGCGCUUCGCGAGAUUAAUUGAUGUCAAUAUCAAUUAUGAUAUUUUGACUUGUGUUACACUUACUAAGGAAACACUUACUAAGGAAUACAUACAUAAAGUCAGUUUUUACUUACCGCCAUCCUGCUUUGGCUCUCUACAGUAUUGUUCUGAGCGCACUGCAGGCGAAGAAACAAUGAAGUAUGAAGAAGCAUAAUAUUGGCAAGACUUUAAUUUCUAUGAAGAUAGCUUUUACAAAUUUUCAAAGAUUAAUAUAUCUACACAAAUAGCACGCUUGAAAUCUUUUAUCUAGUUUCAUAAUGCAUAAAGUAUUUCCCACAAGUUUGGGGAGAAAACCAAAUAUAAGUUCUUGUAAUUGUUAAUGUAUAGAAUAGUACAUCAUUAUUAUUAUUGUCAUAAAACUCAAUGUUUAUUUUUUGUCUCAUUUUGAGUAUUAUAAAAGCAGUGAUUAUAUGAGUUUACAUACUUUAUUUUUUUUAUUUCUUUAAAGACUUAAAUUUUUCCAAUGUCAAUGAGUAUAUAUGUCUAAUUAUAAGUGCGUAAACUAAUUAUUGAUAUAUAAUUGUUAUAAAUAUAUGUCAUAGUGUGAUAAAAAUCGAACCAUAAUUAUAGUAUAUUAUCUGGACUUAACUAUAAUUCCAGGCAACUUUGAGAAAUGUGGAGAUGCUAAUACCUUGUUGCCUAUAUAUACAUACAUAUACAUAUAUAAAAAGUUGAGAUUGUGUUUAUUUUUUGUUCAAAUUUGAAUAAUAAAACAUACAAUU